ACCUUUGCGUUCACUCUCAUAGUUUGAGGUCAACACUGCUCUUAGCUGGUACUGAAUCUUUUUCAAGUAGCUGCCUGUGGUGAAUGAUUAUAUUCAGACUGUGCUUCUAUCCAAAUAGAAAAGGCUUCAUUGACUUCUUUAGGAUGGUAGCCAUGAACAAAGCAUAUAAUUGGCUGCUCCUUAUCUUGCUGCUGGCUGCAAUUGAGAAUAGCGAGGAGUGCUACUGCGACCAUUAUCCCUGGACUGCUUGGUCUAGUUGUUCAAGGACCUGCAAUUAUGGGACUCAAAAUAGAUAUAGGCAAAUCCAAGUGGAUGAUUAUUACCAAAAAAACUUCUGUGCACAAAUUUGCACCACCCAGGAAUCCAGAGCCUGUAACCAGCAGACGUGUCCAAUCAACUGCCGGCUUGGAGACUUUGGUCCUUGGUCAGAAUGUGAUCCAUGUGUUAAAAAACAAUUUCGUACCAGAUCCUUUACCCAACUAGCUCAGUUUAAAGGUGAACCAUGCAAUGAACCUUUGGUGGAGUCACGACCGUGUUUUCCCACAAAACUUUGCAACAUGGAGGAAACAAACUGUGGCAACAAAUUCCAUUGCGAAAACGGUCGCUGCAUUAGCCAGAAGUUAAAGUGCAAUGAAGAAAAUGAUUGUGAGGAUAAUUCAGACGAAAGGAACUGCCCACGUGUGCGACCCGUGUGUGCUAGAAAACAUGAGAGCGUUCCUGGUGUUAGCCUAAUGGGCCUUGGAUAUCAUAUUCUGGCAGGAACGCAUCGAGGUGAAGUUCUCCAUAAUUCUUUCAACGGAGGCACUUGCAGACUUGUGAAGACUAGUGAUUUGAGGAAAACAUAUCGUCUUCCUGCAAACUUAGAGUCUGUUUUCUUCCAGGUAGUGAAUGAAGAAGAUGAUGUGGUUUCGGAAUAUUACAAUGACUUAAUCCCCUUUGAAAGCCAUACUUCUCACAGUAGUUCUUUCUCUGGCUCUGGCAAAAGGCGAUCUGGGAUCCCAUUCCUGUUCUCCAAGAAGACCAAAGUUCAUGUCACAUCCUCUUCCUCCUUCAAGGAAGCAAUACAAGCUUCAAAGAAAAAGGAGUCCAAAUUUAUUAGGAUCCAUAAAGUCAUAGCGGUAUCCAACUUCACCAUGAAGGAAUCAGACCUGCAGCCAUCUAAGGUGUUCUUAGAGGCGCUUAAUAGCUUGCCCCUGGAGUAUAACUAUCCCCUUUACAGCCGGAUAUUUGACGAUUUUGGCACACAUUACUACUCCUCUGGGUCACUGGGAGGCAGAUAUGACCUCCUUUAUCAGUACAGCGCUGAGGAGCUGAGAAAUUCAGGUUUAACACAGGCAGCAUCACAAGAGUGCAUCCGAACAGAAACAACCAGGCGUAUCUUCGGUAUUAAAAAGAGGAAAGUGAGAACAAGCUGCACAAGCAACAGAAUGGUUGCUCGCCAUGAAGGUUCAUUUCUGCAAUCCUCAGAGAAGUCCAUAUCCUUCAUCAAAGGUGGAAGAUCCCAGUUUGCUGCAGCUCUUGCCUGGGAAAGACAAGGAGCUUUUCCUGAGCACACUAUCUUUACCAAUUGGCUGGAAUCGGUGAAGGACAAUCCAAGUGUGAUUGACUUUGAGCUGACUUCCAUUCUGGAGCUGGUGAAGAACAUUCCCUGUGCAGCAACUAAGCGUAGCAAUCUCAGAAGAGCUCUUUCUGAGUAUGCAGUGCAGUUUGACCCAUGCCAAUGUGCUCCAUGCCCCAACAAUGGCAAGGUAGUGCUGUCUGGAACAGAGUGCUUGUGUGUGUGCCAGGCUGGGACUUAUGGUGAUAAUUGUGAAAUACGGGCACCAGAUUAUCAUUCAGUUGCGGUGGAUGGUAAUUGGAAUUGCUGGGGUUCAUGGAGUCCCUGUGAUGGUUCCCAUAAGAGGCGGAGAAGCCGCACCUGUAACAACCCCUCCCUUCAGAAUGGAGGGAAGCCAUGUGAAGGAGAACCAGAGGAACAGGAAGCAUGCUAUUUUUCCAUAUUUGUGGACAGGGGAGCUGUAUGUGUAAAUGAUGACGAAGCAACAAGGGAGGGGGACAUUGCAGUUGUGGGACCUGAAUCCGGAUGCCUUAAACCAGAUCCACCAGAACAUGGAUUUAUCAGGAAUGAGAAGAACCAUUACGACGUUGGGGAAAAUGCUGAAAUUGUCUGCUUCAGUGGAUACACUCUUUCUGGAUAUCCAUUCUUUCGCUGCCAGCCUGAUCAAACUUGGUUGCAACGUCCUGUCGAAUGCCAAUUAUCUGCAUGUCACAGACCAGCAGCCUCAGAUGUUGUCUCCAUUUUCCCCUUUAAAAAUGAAUAUAACGUUGGGGAAACAAUCCGCCUGAGUUGUGCACCAACCUUUAGGUUAACUGGCCGUUCAGAGUACACCUGUGUAAGUGGCCCAUCCUGGUAUCCUGCUGUAGUGAGACUGCUUACCUGUGAGAAAGAUGGUUAUCUACAUUCUCAAAGCAACUGUAAACCAGGAGAAAAGCAAGUUGACUCCCAAUGUGUAUGUAUGAACCCCAGAGAAGACUGCAGACACUAUUCUGAAGAUGUCUGUGUCCUAGAUGCCACUUCUGAACAAACACUUACAAAGCCCAGCUGUCCAUAUUUGGCUGAAAAAUGCCUGGAUCAGCACUCCUUCCAUUUCUUGCAUUCUGGCCCCUGCCGGAGUGGGACCGAUGUGAGUUGGGCUAAUGAAAGGCUCAGAAUUGCCACAGACAGCAUAAAGAGAGAAUCUUGUGGCUAUGAUACAUGUUAUGACUGGGAGCAGUGCUCAGAGUCACAUGGUAAAUGCGUCUGCUUGCUGCCUAACCAGUGCCCCCGUGAUGGGCAGCCCAUUUCCUGCGUCCAAAUAAGGACAAGAAAGAUAACAGCAAACCUUUGCAUGCUGGGAGCAUUGAAGUGCUCCAAAACGGACAUUGUAAUUUUACAUGAAGGAAGCUGUCCAAACUAAAAGAUGUCAGUUUCCCAUUCAUGGACAUCAAUGACUGUUUUUUUGUUUUUGUUUUGCUCUGGCCUUUCCAAAUUGCUUUAAUUCCAGCAUCCGACCAUCUUGUUCCAGCCUUUCUUAUCCAUGUCAUCACCACACAUCUGGAGUUCAUGGCAAUUCCUCUUCUCUCCAACUGAAUAACUGAGCAUGGAUCAAAUGCACUGCAUUCAAAAAGUUAGUGGAGCUUUGCAGUGGUGGGAUGCAAAUGUUUUUACUACCGGUUCUGUGGGCGUGGCUUGAUGGGUGUAGCAGGGGAAGGAUACUGUAAAAUCUCCAGUCAGAGGUGGUAUUUGCCGGUUCUCCGAAUUACUUAAAAUUCCCGCUACCGGUUCUCCAGAACUGAUCAGAACCUGCUGAAUACCACUUCUGGAGCUUUGAUUCCACUGUCACAGCUGCCUUCUUGGCCCCUUUCAUGUGAUGGAAUUCAAUUUCCAAUCUCAAAUGUCAGGAGUAAGUGUCCAGUGUCCAUUCCAAUAAUAUAUGAGUUCUCUAAGCUGGACCCUAAAUAGCAGCUGACUCUUCAACAUGGCUGCUGCUGCUUCUCUCCAUUCUGACAAGCAUUUUUGCCCUGCUUUAAAAGUCCUCCUUACCUCUUGAGACAGCCAGCAAUUUCAAUGCAUUAAAAAAAAAGCAACAGGAAUUUAGAAUAAUGAGAGUUGGGAGGGACCUUUGGAGGUCAUCUAGUCCAACCCCCUCCUUGAGCAGGAGUCUAUUCCAAACAUUAGCCUCUACCUAGGAUCAAACUCACAGCCUCCUGAUUGUGAGGCAAGAGCUCCACCUCUAGGCCAAAUUCCCCAGCCUAUUUCUUUGCUUCCUUCCUGGUUUUGCCCUCACCCCACUCGUUCUAUGGCCAGGAAGUCAAACAGACCAAAAAACAGUUUUCUUAGACCAGCUACAGUGUGAUACUGGCAUCUGGAUGUCAUCUGCAUUCCAAAAAAGAUCAAUCCGGUCAAUCUACCAUUUUCAUUAAAAGAAAAUAAUCCAAAAGCAGAGGUGGAAAACCUUUGGCAAGCCAACAACCACUGAUCUAAAAUAGAUUUCCCCCCAACUACAUGUCCUCCAGAUGUAUAGAAAAAGCAAGUCCCAGAAUUCCUUAGCAACUCCAACAUCAAUACAGAUAAUAUUAGGUUAGGUUGUCCCAAAGGUGCUUUUUCAAGAGGCAACUGGACUUUCUGGUUUUUCUUUGAAGACAUUUCAUUUCUCAUCCAAGAAGCUUCUUCAGCUCUGAUUGGAUGGUGGGGAAUGGAAGGAUGUAUACCCCUUGCAGACAGCACUAUUUUAUUAUUAGUAUGUUAUUACCUGGUGACUCUGAUGACACAGAUAAACCACCAGGUGAUCUUAGCAACUUGCUAAAAGAAUGCAAAUGACCAGCUGUCAUGGCCCCCAUAGACAAUGCCAUGAUCACUAAUUUCUGUUCCUUACCAAGAUACUUCUCAAUUGAAUACUAUUAAGUUGUUAAGUAGAAUUAUUGGUAGUUAUAGUACUGAUGUACCUGCAAAGUGCAAGCUUUCUCUGGCUUGAAUUAUCCUAAUGUCUAAUUUGAGGGAAAUCCUUAAAUAUCAUGUUGGGAAAUAAUAUUUUAAUAAGACACAAAUCUACUCAGAAAUCACUGAGCUCAGUGAAUCUUAUUCUCUGCUAAGCACAUGCACAAUUGCAACCUAACCCUGUUUUCAAAAAAAGAUUAUAACUAUGUUGUUAUUUAAUUCCUAUACAAUGCACAGGGCAAUCUGUAGACUAUUCUGAACAAAAAAAUUAUCAGAUCUAUAAUAACUGCUCAGCAUUAAUCCACUGUAACCUUGGAACUUGCUUGGCUUAAAUUUCCCAACUUUCUGUUCUGUUAACACUUAACCAAUACAAAUAAAUGGCUGCUGCAAACAACCAACCACUUUUCUUGUUUUUAUGACUCAUGUCUUUCAAAUAAACGUUGAUAUUUAUUAACA